GAAUUGAAAGUAUUUUCUUAUGUAAGAUAAAGAAUAAAGCCUGUACAGGUGUUGGCCAGAGGACCUCUUUUGUUCGGAAAAGAAUAGGGGGAGGAGUGUGUGCUACACACCUGAGCCUCUGUCUUCCCCCUCCCCUGGCCUAAAUGCACCUGCUUUAUACACCUUUUCACACUUUCCCAUUCUUUACUCAUGGGAAUUAUUACUCAUGCAUUAUUUGAGAUCUGACACCUAGACAGGAAUAAUACAACCUUCAAUUCUCGAGUAGCAAUGGAGCAGAUAAAAGUGUAGAUUCAACAGUGUAACUCCCAUGGAACUUAUACAGACACAUCAGAGUCCAUCCUCUCUACUGACUUUUAUUUUGUUCUUAGUUUAUUUGACAAUUUGGGGUCUGGAAGUGACUUUAAAGUAAUCAGAGAUGUCUUACAGUAAUUAGUCGUCUUUGUAGCCAUGGCAAAGGCUUUGAAUAGUGAAGGGGGGCUAUGUAUGUGGGGAUGGUUAAGCUGGAGGUCCCUUCCUUUGUGGUCCGCCUCAGUCCACCCCGCACUUACUGCGGAGAGGGAGGGAAAAACAAGAGGGUGCACAAGGGGCUGGAGGCAGCUGUCACUUAACAUGCGAAUAUUCAGGAGGAGCCUGGGGUCUUUAGAAAGCUCUCUUUUUCAUUAGAAGCUGAGUUUGUGAGCCAGAAGAAGAGCUGGGGGAAGGGCUUUCGCUGUGAGGGGGUGUUCCACUGUCUAAAUGUGUGGCACAAGGGAAACACAGGAGUUCACACGACAGGCUCAUUACUUAUAGACCCACCUUAACUGUAACAAAAUCUGCAGAUGGGAUUAUACAUCUCUGAACUGGAAAUAGCACAAACUUCUGGAACUAUGGGACCUCUGUGUCAGCUUCACCUUCCACCAGUUGCCUCAAUGAGGCAGCUCAAGUGACUCCUGUAUGUAUGGCAAAGGAACCUUCUUGUAGCCCAUACCCGAUUAACCCAUUUGUGGAAAAGUCAUGGGUAGCCGACCUAGCUGUUUGGGUCAAAACUCCAAACAUGUUAAAUCAGACGAGAACACCUUAAAAGACCACUACCAGCAACGGACAGAAUGGCAGCUCCUGGAGGCUCAUAAAAAAGAGACGAGGACAGAGGAUGUGGAAAAGGUAUUUCAACAAACUCUGACACCAGAUAAGCAGAGGAGUUCCCCAGCCCCUACAGUCACUACCACAAGCACUUUGGACAAUGCCUGGCGAAGCAAUCCAUCCCCAGUUAAAACACCACGAAAUGGGACUUUGGCCAGAAGGUGUAAUGUUCCAGAGUAUAAAAGAUCUCCCUUGAGUCAAUAUGGAUCUGUUGAUAGGAGAGCCAGUCUACACCGAAGGGAUUCUGGAAGCCCCUGGUCCUGGAGGCCUCUGAGCACUCAAGAGGUUACUGAAGUCACGGAAGUGACAGAGACUAUUGUGACAGAGAUUUUGGAGGUGACAGAGUACCCUCCCGGGGGGAAGGGAGGUGACCCUAUCAUGACUAGAACUGUUAGAGUCCUUACUGGAGCUGCUGAAGAGCUUGCAGAGCUGCAAAUUGAUGGGCAGUCAAGUUCAGACCAGAAAUCAGGUCUUGAUCAGAAGGGUCCAAAAAGUGCCUUGAAAGAUGAAUGUAGGGAUCCAUUGAGCUUCCGCCGAAGUCUGGAAACACUGAUGACAUGGGUAUGUGAGAUCGAAGAUCUAACAGCCAAUCAAAGACCACCAUCUUCAGAGUUCAAGGUGAUAAAAGCACAACUGCAAGAACAAAAGCUCCUAGAACGCCUCUUAGAGGACAGGAGGCCCAGUAUAGACAUUAUGAUGCAGGAGGGUCCACACCUGGCAGAAGGACUACAGGGAGAUGACAGUGAAAAGAACAAACUACAGCUUGCACAACUCAAACUCAAGUGGAAGGCUCUCGUUCAGACUGCCAACAGCAGACACAAGAUUUUGAAGGUCAUUCUGCCAAGAGCUCAACUAUUCCAGGAAAUAAUGGACAGUCUCCAGCAGUGGCUUAUAUCUGUGGAUCAGGACUUAGCUGAACUUCGCUCUGCAGAAAGAGGAAUGCUUCAUCUACAGGAAGCCACAGGGCAGGCCAAGGUGGUCAUGGAAGACAUACAAACUAAGAAAGUUUACUUGGAAAAGCUACAACAAUGUGCUCAUGAGCUUAUGGAAACAAUUUCGGAGGAGGAAACUCAACUGGUGCAGGAGCGGGUAGACAGUCUGCGUAUCCGAUACUCUGUGUUAAGUCUGAGCAGUGCUGAUGUCAUGCAGAGGUUGGAACAGGCUAUGGAAGCGUUUAGUCGAUGUACUUCCAGCCAGGAGGAUUUGCUACUGUGGCUGGGUCACAUAGAGAGAGAACUUCUGGCCCCUGGGACCCAGAGCCAAACUGACGCAGUUUUGUGUUCUGAUGAAAGGCAGAAGUUGCAUCAGGCUGUUGAGAAAGAGUUGGCAUGGUUUAGAGAUACCUCACUUGCAUUGGAGAAGCUCAAAGCCUUUGAUCUAAACCCAGAGAUCAUCACAGCCCAGCUUAAUGAGGAGAAAAUACAUGCUGUUGAAAUUCUGCAGCACAAGUUUAACAUUGAGAAAAUGGUCAAGAUUUUGGAACUCCUGCAGGUGUACAGUGAGGAUGAAGAAACCUUAAGACUGCAGUCAUGCCUAGACACCUUACAGGAGCAGUGUCAGGUCACUACUGCCAACAACUCUCAUGUGGUACUUCAACUUGAACACGCUCAGUCACUCUUGUCUCAGUUCUCAGAAGGCUAUGCUGAGGUGUUACCGUGGUUACAGGAAACCAAAGCCCUUACUGGCCAGUUCACCCUCAACAUUAUCAGCUACGAGACUUUUCGAGAACAACAGGACCUCUUACAGGGCAUCAGGGAGUCCAUAUCAGAGCAUAAGCCACUGAUAGCACGUCUGAGCAUGCUGGCCAAGCGUCUGUCAGACCUGAAUCCAUUUCAAGGACAGGUGUUCUGUCAGAAAGCCAUGGACAUUGAGGAGCAGCAUCUGGCCAUCAGAGACAGGAUUCACGAGGCUGCUGGAGUACUGGAGGAGUCUCUACCCCGCUACACACAGCUAAAUGAGAGGAUGACACUGAUAAGGGACAGACUGGAACAUCUAUGCAGUCACCUCCAGGCCCCAGUGGCUCUACAGGGCUUGACCCCACGGAUUCAGGAGCAGCUACAGGACAACAGACACACACUAAAUGAGCUCACCAAACUGGAUCUUGACAUCAGCAGUGUGAGGACACAGGCUCAGGAGCUCCUUACUAACACACAGGCUGUUGGGGAUAGUUCUAUUGGUACAGCCAUUCAAGAGUGGAUGUGCAGUCUAACGGGCCAUUGGGAGGAGGCUCAAAGACGAGCUCAGGAGAGAGAGAAGUGGCUUUGUAAGCUUCUUGACCUGGCAGUCAGGUUCUGGAAUGAUGUGAAUGACAUGACAACAGGACUGAAUGAUGCCCAGAAGGCCGUCCUGGACCUUAACUCAAGUCGAUCUGAUUCGGAGACCAUCCAACAGAGCCUGAAGACAAUGCAGACACUCAGGGAGGACAUUGACCUCCUACAGGGCGACUUGGACACACUCGGAAUUCUGGGAAUGGAACUUCUGUUAGCUUGUGGUGACACAGACAAACCAGAGGUCACCAAAAGUUUAGAUGAGCUUUACUCUACUUGGAAAAAUCUUAGUAAGAUCUGGAGAGAGUGCCACCAAAAGUUAGAGGAAUGUCUACGAAUGGCUCUCCAUUAUCAGGAAAGCAUGCAGGGACUCUUUGAGUGGCUGAAGUAUGCGGAAUUGAAAUCCACUAAGGAGUUCUCAGUUAGCUCUGACCUGAGAUCUGUCAAAGAGCAGCUAUGUGACCUAAACGAAUUUAAGCGAGAGCUCUAUCAGAGGAAAAUCGAAGUUGAGAGUCUAAACCAUCGUUUUGUGUGUCGCCUUUCACCGGGCACGGAACGAGCUGGAUCCAUCUCUCCGCUGUGUGACUUCCGUCAGCGAUGGGACAGCGUGGAGUCAGAGACUAUCAACAGACAGCACCAGUUGGAGUGUGCGCUGCUGGGCUUGGGUCAGUUCCAGAACACCCUGGAUGAGUUGCAUGCCUGGAUCUCUCACACGGCUGACCUGCUGCAGGCCUCUCAGCCAAUCAGCAUUGACUUGCAGAUCUGUGAGAUAGAGCUAGCCAAACUCAAGGUUUUGCAAAAUGAUGUGAUGUCCCACGUGCACACAGUGGAGUCACUGAAUCAGGCUGGCCGGAGCCUGCUGGAGUCUGGGGCAGGAAACAGCUCACAUGUCCUGCAGACUCGCCUCAAACAGCUAAAUGAAUGCUGGGAAUCUGUACGCUGUGAAACCGAGCGCAGACAGCUAGAGCUGGAAAAUAACCUUAGUCAGGUUCAAGAUGUAACCAUGGAGAUCCAAGAUCUCCUGAAGUGGCUGGACCACACAGACCUGAGGCUCUCGUCCAGUAAGACAAUUUGGGGCAUGCCGGACUCUGCCAAUGAUAGACUAAACCAUCAUUUGGAGUUGUGUAAUGAGAUGGAUUCUAAAAUGCAUACCUUCACAAAUGUACGUAAUGCUAUCCAUAGGAUGCUGGAGGGUAACGAUGUGGCUCGCGGCUCAAGCACUGAGCACAGUUUAUGCAUACUGGAGCAAAAAUGGAGCUCUGUCUAUGCUAAAAUGCAAGAAAGAAAGGCAAAGUUAACAGAAGGGCUUGGUCUAGCAAAAGAGUUUAACAAUAAUGUCCAAGACCUGCUGACCAAAAUGGCUAAGUGUGAGGAGAACAUAAACACUUUACCUGCACCCAGCUUCAUCCUGGACACCAUCUGCUCACAGCUCCAGGAACACAGGAUGCUGGUAAGUGAGGUCAAGUCUUAUGGAGAGAGGAAGACAAUUGUGGAAAACGCUGCUACACGUCUGUCUGAAUACGUCUGCAAGAAGGAAGACCGCGAUGUAGUACAGAACCUCACCAUGACCGUUUGUGACCGAUACAAGAAACUCCUCCAACACAAAACAGAGAGGGGGAAAACUCUAGAGGAUGUCAAAAGACAUGUCAAACAGUUUAAUGAAUCAUGGCAUCUACUGGUGGACUGGAUGACAGAAGUAGAACAGACACUGGAUACACACAAAGAAAUCGCUGUGACACAAGAAGAGAUCAAACAACAGCUUAGUGAUCUAAAGGAUUUCCAGAAGCUUCUUUGCUCAAAAAGACCAAUGUAUGAGGCCUGUCUGAAGAGUGGCCGCUCACUUCUGGAGAAAGCCCAGAGCCUUGAGGAUACACAGCACCUGGAGAAUGUGGCAUCAGAGCUCAGAGACUCAUGGGACACUAUCAAUGGCAAAUCCAGUGAGAGGCAACACAAACUGGAAGAGGCCCUGCUGUUUUCAGGCAGAUUCACUGAUGCCCUACAGGCUCUCAAUGAUUGGCUGUACAGAGCAGAGCCACAACUAGCUGAAGAAGUUCCUGUGUGUGGGGAAAAAGACCUGGUCAACAAUUUGAUUGACAAGCACAAGGUGUUUCAGCGUGAGCUUGGGAAGCGUGCCAGCUGUAUACGGACACUGAAGCGGUCAGUCAAGGACCUGAUGCGGAACAGCUCAGCUGAUGACCACUGGUUGCAGGAGCAGAUGGAGGAGCUGGAGGUCCGCUGGAAGGCUGUGUGUAUACUCUCUGUGUCCAAACAGGCUCGGCUUGAAGUGGCAAUUCAACAGGCGGAGGAGUUUGAUGGAAUGGUUCACUUAUUUCUGGGUCUUCUUGCGGAUGUUGAGAGGGUUCUGAAGUACGGUGUGCUGCCUGAGGAAGAGAAGGCUCUUCUGACAUUUCGUACAUAUCAUGAGGAGUCAAUGAGUUCCUUGAAUUGUCAGCAGAUGGCACUAGAAAAUAUUCGCAAACUGGGUGAAAAUAUUCUGUCCGCCUGUCACCCUGACUCUGUCAUAACCAUCAAAUCAUGGAUCAGUAUAACCAGGACUCGCUAUGAGGAGGUGCAGACGUGGGCAAAGCAGCAGGCAGAGAGGAUCCAGGGUACACUGUCUGCUCUAGAGACAGAGAGAGAAGAGCUACAUCGAUUACUGCACUGGAUCUCUUCUGCUGAAGAGUUUCUCAAUGCAAAGGAACAGGAACCAUUGCCUGAAGAUAUAGAACUGACGCAAAAGCUCAUUACUCAACACACGGGUUUUAUAAAUGAGAUAAAAGGGAAAAUUACAGAGGUUGAGAAUGCCACAAAAUCCUGUAAACACAAGCUGGUCCCUAAGCCACAGGUUUCACCCAGUCGCAAGACACCAACAAAAAGGAGAGGUGCAUCAAACCCCCAGCCGUCAGUGCCUCUACCUCUGGAAAACCUGGACCCUCAAACCCCUAUGAUGUGUCAGCUGGUCAGUCACUGGCAGAAACUCUGGCUCCUGGCCGACAGCAGACAGGGCAUACUAGAUGAACAUCAAAAGAGGCUCAAAGAGUUGGAGGAGUUUGCCAACUUUGACUUCAACAUCUGGAGGAAAAGGUACAUGCAGUGGAUAAGUCACCUCAAGUCUCGGACUUUGGACGUUUUUCGUAGCAUUGAUCGAGAUCAGGAUGGCCGAAUCACACACAAAGAGUUCAUCGACAAUGUUCUGGCCUCUAAAUUCCCCUCCAAUUCAUUGGAAAUGAUGGCUGUUGCAAACAUAUUAGAUGUUAACGGUGAUGGCUACAUUGACUACUACGAAUUUGUGAGUGCUCUCCACCCAAGCCGAGACCCUUACAGAAGGGCAAUAGAUGGAGACCAGAUAAAUGAGGAGGUGAGUCGGCAGGUAUCUCAGUGCAGCUGUCCAAAAACAUUUCAAGUCGAGCAGAUUAGUGCAAACCGCUACAGGUUCGGACACUCUCAGCAGUUGCGAAUGGUUCGAAUCCUUAGAAGCACUUUGAUGGUACGAGUUGGUGGUGGUUGGACAGCAUUAGAUGAGUUUCUGGUGAAGAAUGACCCCUGCAGAGUGAAAGAACGCACAAACCUGAGGAUAAAGGAGAAGUAUCUAUGUCCAGAUGUUUUUGAAGUAUCAGGUCGCAGAGAGAGCACUAAAGGGCUUACAGUGAGCAGUUCCAACUCCAGCUUGAGUUUAUACAGCACCGCUUCGGCUCCCAGCAGCCCCCUUACCCGCAAGGUACUGGAUACCAGUUAACAGAUAAUAAAACUA